UUUCUUAAUGAGAUCGUAAUGAAUAUUCAUAUCGCAUCCAAAACGAGGCUAGCGUCGGUAACAACAAUCAUGGCUGAUGAAGUGAAAGUAAAAUCAACUUCGCGCGAUUUGUCUGUUGUUCCCACUAUUACGUUCGGUUUUGUGGAAGAUAUUGUUCGAAAGUGUAGCAAAAGUGAUGGAGCAAAAGAAAUUACCAAGGGCUACAAAUACUUCAGUGAAAAAUACGUCACAGAUGUAAGAGUGUACGCUUUGGAUGGUACUGAUGGGUGUCUUGUAAGAGCGAAGUGCUUCAGAUCUCAGAAGAAGAAUGAGACCCCUCAUGAUGUGGAGGUAGUAAUAAAGAAGGGGCCAGUAUUUGGAAGGGAAGGCAGCAAAUGCUCCUGUGCCAUUGGUACCUCGGGAUCAUGUGGACACAUUGUGGGCCUUCUUUAUUCUUUAGCCCACAUGAAAGCGUCCAACCUUAAGGCGGUUCCUACAGAUGUUGCCAAGACAUCCUUGCCUCAAACUUGGCAUAUUCCGAGAGGGGAGAAGAUCGGCGGAAGUGCCUCCACUGAUGUCACAGUAAUGGGAUAUUCUCCCAGCAAUCCCAGGAAACCAACCAAGGGAAUAAAGUCUACAUUGUAUAAUCCCAUCAACACCAAGUGCCUACCACUGGAGGAACUGUGUUCUGCCCUUUCAAACAUUGAUAAAUCUUGUCUUUUUUUGUCAGUGGUAGAUCCAGAACACCAACAGAAAGAUGUCGGCACAAAGUUUGGAAAUUUCCCAAAGGGAUCUUCUUUAGCAACACAACAGAAACUUCACAGCGACUACAUGCUGAACAUCAUGGAUGCUGAAGACUUUCCACCUUUACCGGUGAGGAAUGUCAUGCGUAAUAGUGUUUCUGUAGUGUUGGACCACAGUCGAACAUUGAAACUGGAGUCGCUCUCAAUCUCUGAGGUCCAGGCCAACGAGAUAGAAGAAGCCACCCGACUACAAUCAGAGGACCCAAAGUGGCACAAGAUUCGUCAGGAUCGUAUAACUGCUUCGGUAGCAGGUGACAUUGUCCGCAGAAGAAAAGAUCCUGAACCACUUGUUGCCAGACUAAAGACAAGCCCCAAGGUUCUGACAUCUGCCAUGAGACAUGGGUUAGCAUGCGAAGCUACUGCUGCUCUAGCUUAUGUUCAGGCAAUGGAUGAGGAGGUAAACAUAUAUCCAUGUGGUGUUGUGAUUAGCCCAUGGUCACCUUGGUUAGCGGCCACCCCAGACAGGAAAGUGUUCUGCCCUUCCCUGGAUCCUCCUCAUGGUUUGCUGGAAAUCAAGUGUCCAGUCAAUUCAUUAGCUGAUUGUGUUUACCUGUCUAAGGAUGAAAAUGGUUACCAUCUGAAAGAAACACACAAAUACUUCCACCAGAUAAUGACACAGUUAGGAGUAACUGGGCUGAAGUGGUGUCACUUGUUUGUGUGGACACCUGAGGAGUCACAUUUGGAACUGCUCCGUUUUGAUGCUGACAUCUGGCAGGAAAUGAAGGAAAAAAUGGAUCUGUUCUUUUUUAAUCAUUUUUUAAUUUGAAUGCAUAAACAUGAAAUAAAUUUCAAUUCUUUUCACCAACAAUAAGUACAUUUUUGGUACAGUCAGUGUUUUAAUAAUUGUUAUUAACUAUAUUUUUUCAAAAACUCUGAAAAAAUUACUACUUAUUCAUAAAAGAAACUUAUUAAUGGUGGAUUGAUUUUGCAAUUCAAUGCUUAAUAAAUCUCUUCUUUGUUAAUGAAAAAGGGUAACCACACACAUUUCAAAGAAAAUACUGGAUUUCCAUAGCCAGAGUACAUUUUAAUGCAUACUUCAUUCAGAAUUGUGAUGUAUCUAUCAGAAAUUUGAUAAAUCUCUGUAGACAAUUAAGAAUUUAUGCCCACUCUUUAACCAAAGGCCCUCUGAAGAGUGUCAGCAAGUUUGCAACAGUCCAAAUCUGAUUUAUUGUCCCAACCAUGCUAAGUGGAAUAACACCAUCAAAAAUAUGAAACUCUUUGACACGGCGAAUAUGGCGCUCAAUGUGUAUUCUAAGCUUAGCUAUAGCUUGAGUCUCCUCAACCUCUUGCAGAGU